AUGGCCAGCGCAUCAGGUGAUGAGAUCCAUGUUGACCACGGCUCAUACGGGAUUUUGUCAUCCUCCUUGCCAAACUCUUCAGACUUUCCUGAUGUCGAAUCAUACAUCGUGCCGGUCACGAACCACCCGUCACUUCCAGGCCCGCCCUUGAACUCGAACGCCACGACCACAACAACAACAACGACCAUCAAAACAGAGACAAAUAUGGAUGGCUCAAAGACCUCGACCACUAUCACGAAUCCGCAGCCUGCCCGAUCCAAAGUCUUCAGAAGAUCGAACUUUGCAAUCCGUCCACCAAGCCCAGAGUUGGGUGAAGGAGAAUGGGCAAUCACUCGUGACGCCAGAGGUCGUCCGAUUCGUGCCAGUCGUAGGAUGGUCACUUCACACAAUGCUCUCGAUUCUGAUGAUGGUGAAGAUGGACUUUCUGACGAGUACGACGAGCACGCUGAACCUGGCGAAGAAGAGCUCAGCGACCUCGAAAUGUCCGUUCCGCAACUGCUUCGCAACAUCCCGGACGCCAAGCUGCGAGCCAGAGUGAGACGGAUCAAUUCACUCUACCCAGAAAGAAGCAUCGAAACGAUCACAAAGGUUGUCGAGAAACACAAAGGCAACGUCAGAGAUGCAUUGACAUAUCUCGAAGAACAUGAAGGACGGCCCAUGUGUCUCGGCAAACGCAAACGAAGUGAAUCGCCGCCAGCAUUGCUACUGGGAGAUGAAGACGACGAUAUCGUUGAUUUGGAUUCGGAAUACAGUGACGAAGAGGCAACUUUGAUUAAUCGGGAGCCAGCUUCGGUCAACGAGGUCGAAGGCAGUGGGAUCUCCCAAGCUCACGAGCACUACUCCAUACAGCUCACGGUCAAUGUUCCAUUGGGUCGUCAGGAGCCAAUCGUCCUUCGCCUUGACCCGAAAGAUCUCAGCGCAGCGAACGGACCUUCUGGUCCCAAGAAAGCCAAGCUAGUGACACCGAAGAAAGCCAAGACACUGAUUGUCAAGCUGUCGAUGAAGUCUGCUGUCAACACAAAGCGACGUUCAAAGAGAUUUGCGAAGAUUAUCAAGACUUUCAAACAGUCGGUCGGCUUCAUGGAUCUUGCUCCAGAACUACGCAACAAGAUCUACCGUGCCACGCUCACCUCGAAGAGCCCUCUACACAUCGGACGGGCAACGAACCUCACGCUGACCGCGGCGCUUCUGCGUGCAAAUCGUCAGAUCUACUCCGAAGCUCGUACCAUCUUGUAUUCGGAGAAUCGCUUUUGCAUUGAACGCCGCUCGAUUCGACACGGAUCCUUUUGGGACCCGGACUGGAAAGAGGCCGGAUUCGGUCCAGCUCGGAAAUUCAUCAAAAUCAUCGGUCCGAAAAACAUCGCUCUCAUCCGUCAACUGUCCUUCAAUCUCGAAGAUGCACUUCCCGGCUUGAGCCCGCCCGAUUCCACCGCAGAGAAGCGUCGCUUUGUGCACGAUGAAAACCUCAUCUCGAUCCUUCGCAAUCUGGCCAAGCAUGCCCGACUACGUGAACUGAACCUGCACUUCCACGGACGGCGUCGAGUCGAACGCACCGACGAGCUGUUCCUGAACCAUAUGAAACGUGUCAAGGCGGAUUCCGUUCAGUUCCGACUGUACGUUUCCGAAUAUACCGGUUGGUCUACGAGCGGCUAUGGUCACGAGCGUGCUCCAGAUCCUCGUGUCAAGAGUAUGCUCCUGAUGGGGUGUGAACGUCGCAAGAAGUUGUUCACGAACUGA